AUUAACCAAUUGCCGACAAAACUUAGAGAUCUUCAUAUAUUAAAACAGAGUCCAAUCUAAAAUUUUCAAAAAACUUUAAUUUAGAUUCGAGCAACCAGCAUUGGAGGUACUUUUUGUUGCCAUUACGUUAAUAAAAUAUCACGCUGUUACCAAAGUUAUACACAUGGGGUGUGAUCAAUCUAAUAUAAAGAUGGAGAAAGAGACAGAGAAACUGAAGAAGGUCGAGAGAAGCGUGAAAGAAGGGAUCGAUUAUUUUCCACUACUCUUUUUUGGAGAGAAAUAUAUUAUUUUGUUGUGAUCAAUCUAAAAUCAAUCUAAUUUUCUUAUUUUCCUUUCCACGUACUACUCUUUUUUGUGAUCAAUCUAAUAUCAAUCUAAUUUUCUUACUUUAUUUUCGAAAUCAUGCAUAUCUGAGUUUAUAUUUUUCAGCCUGGCUUAUAUUUGUUUCUAUUAUAUGCAUUUAGGAUUAAAUUUAUUUCUAUUUUACUUUUAAAGAUUAUACAUUCUUUUUCAUUUCCUUAUUUUUAAUAUCCGGUUAUUUAUUUACAUGUAUAGUUAAACUUGUGUCUACCAUAAUGAAAUACUAAUUCGAAUUUGAAAAGAUUUAUCAAUAUAUAAAGGGAUCCGUUAAACUAACCUAUCCGCUGAAUAUGGAGACUUCACUUUCAUCUUUAUCACAUCUAGCUUCAAAUCUUACGCCAACCACAGUUGUCUCUACUACGCUUGAUGGAUCCCCACGCGCCGUCGCUAUUGAUACCGGAGGAAACAUGGAGCCACUGGCGGCCGUUCCCGACGCAAAGCUUCGCCUCAUGUGCAGUUUUGGUGGCCACAUCAUGCCUCGUCCACAUGACAAGGCCCUAACGUACUCUAGCGGCGAGACGCGUCUAGUGGUCAUUGAUCGACGCGCUUCACUGGCAUCCCUACGAUCUCGUCUCUCUAGUAUGCUCCUUAACGGUCGGUCUUUCACGCUCAAGUACCAGCUCCCUAGCGAAGAUCUUGACUCACUCGUCAGCAUCACCACCGAUGAAGAUCUUGAGAACAUGAUUGAGGAGUAUGAUCGUGCCACGUCAUCGGCGACGGCUACUGCCACGCACCGGAUACGUUUGUUUCUUUUCGCGAACAAGCUAGAGACCGCUGCUACCAUGGGAUCUCUUCUUGAUAGUGCGAAGUCGGAGACAUGGUUUGUCAAUGCUUUGAACCAAUCCGGCUUGCUUCCUCGUGGUUUGUCGGACUCGGCCGCGGUGAACAACACCUUGGUGAAUCUUGACGAGGCGGGUGAAGGAGAGGCUGAGGUCCAGAAACUAGGAGCUGAUGCGGGUUGCGUGAACAGCAAGCAAGGAGGUUACAUCACGAACGGUGUGAUAUCUCAUCAGGAGAUGCAUAUGAGCUCCAUGCCUGACUCGCCUAUGAUGGAAGCAGCUGGUGGUUCUUCGAUAGGAUCUUCCUCUUCUUCUCCUUCCACUGCCUAUUUGCCACCGAUCCGCGUUAGGGUCGGUGAAGACCAGAGGAUGGAACAACAGUUUGCUCAAAUGAGCUUCUCAAACGUGGACGGUCAGAGGAAUCAGGAAGAUGGCGCUGGUUUGAUGGCAAAUAGGCCAAUGAUGAUUCCACCGGGUACGAUGACAGAUACUGCCGUGGGGUAUAGCAACGCACCUACUGAUGCUGCUCCUCCAGCCAUAAGCCAUGGCCGGGUUGCAGCAGAUGAUGAUCGAUCCGAUCCAGGUGUAGUGAAUGGAUAUAGGAAGCCACCUUUGCCGAUGCAGCCAGUGGCGAUCCCACAGAGAGGUGCCGGUGGGUAUGGCUUGACAUCUCCUGAUUCUGUUGCAAGUGAUACUAGCAUUUCUUCUGCUACUUCAUUUUCAAAGCCGGUGUACUACCAAGACCAAGCUCCAACUAUGCCAAGAGCCCCGGUAACACAGCCUGAAAUUACUCCGGUCCAAACUAGCCACUGCAUACCUCAGCAUGAAACCACUUCAGCCCAGACCACAUCACACGUCCUAUCUCAGCCAACUACAUACACAACUAUGGACCAACAACACCAAGUCCCGGUUCAGCAACCUUUCUUACACCAAGGUGUUCAAUACAUUCCUCAUCCAUCACAAUACAUCCCGGUUUACCCUCAUCAUCAGCAGCAGCAAAACUACCCAGUUUACGUGAUGUCUGUCCCGCAAUCUCAGCAAUAUGUCCCAGCUGGAACUCCCCCGCUCUAUCCAAACUCAACACCCACCACAAACCCGAGACCUGAAGUAGCUCAAAACGUUUACCCUGCCCCUAUAUCACAUAAUCCUCAGGUUCAACAACAACAGCCACAACUUCAUUACAUGGGCUACGCAGGAGGUUCUCAACAAACCGCAAACGCUAAUCCAAACUACAGUACUGGAGCGUACGAGUACACAAAUCCGCAAAACGAGACAAUGUAUUACCAUGCACAACGUCUUCCUACCAACAGUGCUAUUCCGUUAGCUUCUCCGUAUCAAAGCAUGACACCAGCCGCAGCCGCAGCUGCUUUAGCUGAUAUGUCUAAACAGAUGAGUCUUGCAAGUGACAAAGAGCAACAACAACAUAUAACUGCGUCUCAACCGCUCUAAGCAUUGACCAAUUAGACAAUCGGUUAUGUUUUUCUUUUUUUUACUAAAUACGUAUAACGUCGAGUUCCUUCUUAUGAGAUAUAAAUAUAGACUUUUUAUUAUGUUGUUUUGUAAAGUAUUAUAGUUAUUGUUAUAAUGUC